AAAUAAAAAAUCAUCCUACUUGGAUCAAACGCCGAACACUAGGAAAACGCGUUUUGUUUUGGAUUUUGACCUAUUGAGGACGCCGUAGUCUGGAAGAUCACAGGACGUUUCGUCUUUAAAAGAAAUCAGUUCUUCUAGAAGUAUGGAAGGCCAGCCCGUCUCAGUCCUGUGCAGCCCUGCUCUGCUGGUGGAUGUGGACAAAGUCAAGAGGAAUGCCCAGAGGAUGAUUGACCGCUGCCAAGAACUGGGAGUCCAGCUCCGGCCACACAUGAAGACCCACAAAACGCUCGAGUGCGCUGACAUCAUGACGGCUGGAUCACGAAGGUGCAUCGUCGUCUCCACCCUGGCAGAGGCCUGUUUCUACGCCGAUCAUGGAUUCGAUGACAUCCUCUAUGCGUACUCUGUCCCCUUUGACAAGAUGGAGCGUUGUGCAGCUCUGUCAGAGAGGCUGGAUCUUUUCCAAGUUUUGUUGGAUCACCCUGAUGCCCUGGAGCAGCUCAAACGGAGGCCUCUGAAAGAUGGCCGGCAAUGGAACGUCUGGCUGAAACUCGACUGCGGCAACGGAAGAGCUGGAGUCCUGCACUCGGAGCCUGAGGCGCUCAGGCUGGCCCAGGCCAUCGCAGAGACAGAGGGGGUGGAGCUAACAGGUGUGUACGUCCACUGUGGGAACACCUACAGCUGCAGAGGAGUGGAGCAAAUUCAGGCUGUCGCUCAGGAAACCACCAACUGCACCCUGCAGUUCAUGAAGAAACUGAAUGCUAUCGGUAUCAGCUGUAAGUCCAGCAUCGGCUCCACCCCUUCCUGUAGUCAACCAGUCCACGACAUGGCAAAGCUGAGCGAGGUGCAUCCUGGGAACUACGUCUUCUACGACGUGCAGCAGUCAGGGAUUGGCUCGUGCAUCCUGGAGGACGUGGCUGUGAGGGUUUUAACAAGAGUCAUUGGACACUGUCCACACAGGAACCAGCUCCUGAUCGACUGUGGCUGGAGUGGAAUCAGUCUGGAUGGAGCUGGAAAACUUCCUACUGGAUAUGCUGUGAUUGAAGGGCAUCCAAACCUCAAGUUGUUGUCCAUGACUCAGGAGCACGGGAGAGUAGAGCCCAUCUCAGGUCCACUGGACUACAGCAAAUAUCCACUGGGCACUUCGCUCAUGUUGAUCCCCUACCAUUCGUGUGCGACAGCCUUGAUGCAUCCUGUGUACUACGUGCACUCUGAGGGUCGUCUGGUGGGGAAGUGGACACCCACUCGCGGGUGGUGAACCUAUCCAGUGCUUCACUUCUACAACACUGUUAGCUGAAGGAUCUUGUCCACUUCAUUUGAUCUGUAGUUGAUAAAAAAAAACUGUGGUUAAAAAGAUAAAAGGAGGACUUCAUUUCAGAAUAUGUCACAUUCCAAAUGACUCUUCCACUAAGAAAUAGUGCAAAGUUAGCAGCUCUUUUCACCUUCUGUUAGUGAAGACAAGGGCACAC